AUGUCUAGCUACGAGGAUAGAGACAAGUGCCACUUCUACUACAAGAUAGGUGCCUGUCGACAUGGCGAUCGCUGCUCCAAAAAACACAUACGUCCUGCUAUCUCCGCGACCAUCAUAGUGCCCAACAUGUAUCGUAAGACUGACGCAGACAAUCCUCAAAUGGUACAGGAAAACUUUGAUGCCUUUUACGAAGACGUCUUUACAGAGGCAGCUCGCUUUGGAGAGCUCCAGGCGGUGGUGGUUUGCGAGAACAAAAACGACCAUUUGAGUGGUAACGUGUAUUUCAAAUUCGCAAGCCCUCGGGACGCCCACGCAGCCAAAGAUAGUUUCAACACCCGGUGGUACAACGAGAGACCGGUGUACUGCGAAUUUUCGCACGUCACAGACUUCCGAGAUGCUGUAUGUCGGAAGCACGAUGCGAAUACGUGCGAGCGGGGUGACGAAUGCAAUUUCAUGCACCUGAGACGACCCACCUCGAAGCUAUUGGUAGAGUUGGAAAAGGCACAAUGGCGUCAAAACCACGUCCAGUAA